AUGUCAGAUUCGGUUUCUGAAGAUAUCAAGAAAAAAAUCUUGAGGGAAAGAAACAUCAUCAAUGGUGCUGCCAACUUGAAACAGAAAACAACCAAUCCGGCAGUUAUUCAGAAAUGUAACAGUAACAUUCAAGAAGCACAACAAAACAUUGAUUAUUUAAGUGAGACGUUAAACCAGCUCAGGUUUCAAGAACCUGUAACAAUUGGGUCUGGUCCAACCACUGAAAGCAUUGGCGGUGACAAUGCUAAUGAAAAUGGUGCAUCACUUUCGAAAAAACCUUCAGCCUCUCCUGAUGUUGGUAAUUAUUCACGUUUGGAUUUGAUGAAAUAUGAUUGUCCUUCGUUGGGUCAAAGAAUUCAGUAUAUGAUUAAUCAACUUAACACAAAGCUAAAGGUUGAACAAAAAUACUAUGAAGCUAAUGAAAAAUUAUCAAAAAUUUAUCAACUGGAUGGUGAUCGAAGAAUUAGUUCUGUUGCCGAAGAUGGGAGAGUUCAAAGUAAUCACAAGAUUCAACUUUUGAAAAAAUCUUUGAAGAGAUAUGAAGAUAUUCAUGUGAAUCUGGACCAAGUCACUCCUGAAACAGAUCCAAUGAAUAAUGUGAAAUUUAGAAGAAAACCAUUGGGAGGUACUUUAACAAUUGGAAUCAGCUCAUUGAGAGAUGUUGAUCAUAUUGCGUCACCACUAUUUUCAAGAAAAACAGAAUCUUACAUUUCAAUCAAAGUUGAUGAUGAUGAAAAAGCUAAAACUAAAGGAAGUCGUAAUGAUAGAUGGAAUGAAGAAUUUAAUAUUCAUAUUGAUAAAGGUAAUGAAGUGGAAGUCACUGUCUAUGAUAAAAUUGGAAAUCAACAUGUUCCUGUUGCAAUUGCAUGGUUCUUGGUUUCAGAUAUUGCUGAAGAAAUCCGUAAGAAAAAAGUUGGACAAAGUGGUGUUGGUUGGGUUAGUGCUUCAAGAAUCCAAAAUGGUAGAAGAGUUGCAAAUCCUAACGUCUCUAAUGAUAAUUUCACUUUGAAUGAAAAAGAAUCACCAAAUUCUGAGAAUUCAAGAGACCCAAUCAGAAGCAGUUCAUGGUACAUUCUUGAACCAGCAGGUCAAAUUCUGUUAACAAUUGGUUUCACUAAAUCAACUACUUCAAAUAAGAAAACUUUACUGGGUGGAUUACAUCGUCAUGGUGCCAUUAGAAAGAGAGAUGAAGAAAUUUAUGAACAACAUGGUCAUCAAUUUGCUCAGAAGCAAUUUUACAGUAUUAUGCGUUGUGCUUUAUGUGGUGAAUUUUUACCUUACAAUGGUUAUCAAUGUCAAGACUGUAAAUUUCUGUGUCAUAAGAAAUGUUACCAAAAAGUUAUUACAAAAUGUAUUUCCAAAUCAAGUACUGAUAUUGAUCCAGAUGAACUGAAAUUGAAUCAUCGUAUUCCACAUAGAUUUGAGCAUGUUUCUAAUCGUGGUACAAAUUGGUGUUGCCAUUGUGGUUAUAUUCUACCCUGGGGGAGAAAGAAUGUCCUCAAAUGUAGUGAAUGUGACACUAUGUGUCAUUCACAAUGUUCUCAUUUAGUUCCAGAUUUCUGUGGUAUGACUAUGGAAACUGCUAAUAAGAUUUUGAGUACAAUUAAAUCUACAGAAGGAUCAAGAAAGAAACAAAUUCAAACAUAUUUGAGCUCACAAUCAUCAGCAACCACUGCUGUCAAUACAAUUGAUGAAAAAGAAACACUUCCAUCCAUUCAACCAUCUUACCAAACUUUGGAACCACCACAAACUCAACCUAGGUUACCAUCAUUGCCACCUAGUAGACAAGUUGAAGAAGAGAGAUUACUGCAAGAGCAGCAAUUUGCUGAAGAGAGAAGGCGCCAACUGCUUGAGGAACAAAACCUACGCCAACAACAGCAACAACAAGAGUAUGAAGAACAACAGUUAUCUAAUCGUCAAUCUUUACAUUCAGAAUUAUCAGGAAAACUUGAUCCAAGACAUUCAUUGGAUUCUGACAAAAGCCACGAAGGUUCUACCCAAGCUGAUUCUCAAUAUCAAGAAGUGAGUUCUAAGUCAGAUAAAUCACAUCAUUCUCAUAAACGUCAUCGUCCAAAAGUUGGUCUUGACGAUUUCAAUUUCCUCGCUGUUUUGGGUAGAGGUAAUUUUGGUAAAGUUAUGUUAGGUAGAUCAUACCGCACUAAACAGUUGUGCGCUGUUAAAGUGUUAAAGAAAGAUAUGAUUAUUGAUAAUGGUGAAAUUGCUUCAAUGCACGCUGAAAAGGAGGUCUUUUUGGUUGCAAAUCGUGAACAGCAUCCAUUUUUAAUUAACCUUCACUGUUGUUUCCAAACUGCCAAUCGUAUUUAUUUCGUUAUGGAAUAUGUUCCUGGUGGUGAUUUGAUGUGGCAUGUUCAAAAAGCUACAUUUUCUCAAAGAAGAGCUAAAUUUUAUGCUGCAGAAGUCUUGUUGGCUCUGAAGUAUUUACAUGAAAAUGGUAUCGUUUAUCGUGAUUUGAAAUUGGAUAACAUUAUGUUGAGUGUUGAUGGUCACAUAAAAAUUGCUGAUUACGGUUUAUGUAAACCAGAUAUGUGGUAUGGGAAAACUACAAAUACUUUUUGUGGUACUCCUGAGUUUAUGGCUCCCGAAAUUUUGAGAGAACAACAUUAUACAAGAGCUGUUGAUUGGUGGGCGUUUGGUGUUUUGUUAUAUCAGAUGUUAUUAGGUAAAUCACCAUUCAGGGGUGAAGAUGAGGAUGAAGUUUUCAAUGCUAUUUUAACAGAUGAACCAUUAUUCCCAAUUCAAAUGGCCAGUGAGGCUGUUGGUUUAUUAGAAUCGUUGUUGACUAAAGAUCCAAAUGUUCGUCUUGGUUCAGGACCAAGAGAUGCUGAAGAAAUCAUGGAACACGCUUAUUUCCGCAAUAUCAACUUUGAUGACAUUUUGAAUCUAAGGGUCCCACCACCAUAUAUUCCAGAAGUUAAAGCUGAAGAAGAUGUUUCAUUCUUUGACAAGGAUUUCACAACCGAGGUUCCUAGGUUAACACCGGUGAAUUCUGUUUUGAAUGCAACGAACCAAGCACAAUUUCGUGGUUUCUCUUAUGUCUCAGAUUCAUCUGGCCUGUGA